CGUCACUUCCUGUUUUGAAUUGAUGGCUCCUGUCUGACGGCCAAUUCGAUGAUUUGCUGGAUUAUUGUUUUCGUUGAUAAUGGAGGGUCGUCAACAAACAACUGUUAAGAAAGACCCAUAUGCUAGUCAUUUGUUGGACAAAGUGUUUCCAACAUCUACAGAUCUCUCAUCACAGGCAUGUGCCUCCUAUGGCACAAGAGAACUGUCCGGACUGGAAACCCUUCAGACAUUCCUAGAUAAAAGUCUGAAGAAUGUGGUGGACCAGCAGGGUGAGAAAAAUGAGGGAGCAGAGGAAGGUGUGGCUGCCAAAGGAACAGACACACAAACAAAACCAGUGUCGGAUGGCGGUCGGAUAAGUUUUGGGGAAGUGGAAUUUGACAUUGGUUCUAAUGUUGGAACAAUGCUGGUGGAUUCUGAUAGACUUGGGUUGACAAGCUACAGUAACUUCAGUACCAUGAGAGCCAACUGUUGUGUGUACAAAGGUAAAUGGGUAUAUGAGCUGAUGCUGGGAAGUAAAGGGGUGAUGCAACUUGGCUGGUGUACCCUCUCGUGUAAAUUCUCUUAUGAGGAAGGGGUAGGAGAUACCAUAAGGUCAUAUGCCUACGAUGGAAGCAGGUUGAGAAAGUGGAACGUUAAAACACAUCGAUAUGGAGAGCAAUGGUUGACUGGAGAUGUAAUCACCUGUGGUCUGGACUGUGAUGCAGGGUCCGCUACAUUUUACAGGAAUGGGAAGUCUAUGGGAGUCGCCUUUACAGAUAUACAGGUUGGAAGCGGUCUGGCUUAUUUCCCCGCUGUCAGUCUGUCCCAGGGGGAGAAUCUACAUGCCAACUUUGGAGCCACACCUCUUAGGUACCCGAUCGCUGGCUACAGACCCCUCCAAGACAUACCAUAUGCAAGUGUAGCCAAGGCACAACUUCUCUUCAGCUACCUGGAAAAUAUACAUACAGAAAUGUCUGAGAGUUCUAGCAUGGGAAUGGAGUUUUUGGUGUCAGACAAGAAGAAUGAUCCUCCUCCAAAGCUAGGAGAGUUCCCUAGCAACAAAUGUUCUAUCAUGCUCAUUACUGCCCACAUAUUUGAAAAGCUGGCACCAUUGUUGAGGAGUGCCUAUGUAGUAGAAGACUGCCUUUUACCGUUCCUACUGAAGCUGUGUGACCAGACAUCCUGUAAGCGAGAACAGGUGGCGGUACAGAGGCUGUUGGAUCAAAUGUGGUCUCUCAUGCAGGACCAUGAACUCAAGUCGUGCUUUGAGAAUCUGUUAAUUUCCUUGCUCCAGUGUUAUCGCUUCUCCUCCGUAACAGAAAACUUCUGUUCUGCGAACAAGUACCUGAUGCUGACCCUGAGUAUCCUACAGCACGCCACGACACGCCGCUAUCUACUGAUACACGUCAUAUUCGACAAAGUCAAGUUUCCAAUAUUCAUGCACAUCAAGCCUCCAGAUGAUGUUGGCCUACAGGAACUGGUCCCCACUGUCUGGUGGGACAGCUACGACAAGGAUGAGGACAAGCCACGUCCACCUAAAACUGAGGAGGAGAAAGUAAGACAUGCCAAAUACAUGAAGUCCUGUGAACACUUGAAACAGAAAAUAGAAGCUAUAGAAGACAUACAGGUGGAGAUUCUCAAGGUGUUACUCAUACACAAAGACAUCAAAGAGGGCCAGACAUCUCGUCAGAUCUUCAUGGAGAAGUUCCGUCUCUUUCUACGUGAGAAUAGUGGCAUGGGUCGUACCCACCAGGUGUCUUUCUGUCCAUUACCUGUGAUGUUGUGUUUUUUCCACCGGAUGGUCCGAGUAGUCCGACAUUACUGGGAUAUAUUCCAGGAAGAAGAUCCAAAGAGAUUUGUUUUCAGUGAUGAGGCCUAUGUACCAAUACAUGAGUUCUGGUCUGAGACAAGAAAUUACAUGGAGUUUCAGAGGUGUGGUGGUCUGGUGUCCCAUUUAAAUAGAAUAUUGGGAGACAGUGUAAACAAGGCCCAGGGGUUAUCUGUACAAUCUGAUGGCAAAGUGGUAACAUUGGACAAAAAAGAGGGAAAAGUGACUAAAGCAGGUGUGACCUACCCAGAACUACAGAUGCCCAGUGGUAACUCACUCAUGGAACUAGUGGAUGGAAUAGUCCUGUUGUAUCACAUAGCUGCUCACAAGCAACUCACAAAGAUGGGAACAUUAAGGGACAAUAUGAAGGAAUAUGUCACCUCACUGGAAGAUACAGAAACAAAACUAAAGAAAUGUCCAGAACAGCUUUUGGAGGUGAAGGCAGAGCUGGAGCGUGCUAGAGGUGUGUUCCUAGAGAGAGUUCUAGAACAAGGGAGACAAAUUGGCUGGGUUAUAGCUGUUAUAUACUCUAAGAAUAAACAGGCCGACGUUGCUUGGCUGUUUGGUGCGGUGUUACGUACUAUAUCUCGCGCUUCCGAGUUCCACCUCCUGUUUCAGUAUACGCCCGAGUUCUACAUAGAGACAGCCAUCAACAUCUAUAACUGUCUCAAAAACUACUUCCACCCUACCAGUCCCUUUGAUUUACUACCGGAUCAUCUAGGUCUCACAAGGAAAUAUGCUUUAUUUCUAACCAGACACUUUGCAGAUUCUAGAAUUGUCAACACAGAUGUACGAGACAACGUUGUUCAGGCCCUAGCCUGUUUCAUCUGUUACCCUCAGUCCCUCAAAGUCUUAGAAGAACUGCCUGAAGAUAGUAAAGAAAACAUGAUAAAGUCCCUGAUUAUGCCAUAUGAAAACAGAUCCUGGGCUCAAACAAACUGGAUCCUGGUUCGAAUCUGGAAGGGCUGUGGUUUUGGUUUCCGGUACACACACCUACCACACCUUGUGCCGUCAAGAGUCCAGCCAACAGAGUUUGGGUUUGCCAGUCUGCAGAAACCAUGUCCAUCCAAGGUUUUCCAGGAUCUGUUCCGAAAAGUGUUACUUAGAGACAAGGAGGCAGCUAUUCGCUUUGUAGAUACACUACUCAACCAACUCAAUUGGUCCUUCUCCGAGUUUAUUGGACUGAUGCAAGAAAUACAACAGCGAGUAGCAAGAACAGACUUCCGGAUCUUAGAAAGUCGACAGCUGAAGAUAUGUGCCACAUGCUUCGAGAUAGCAGUGUAUUUGCUGCGGGUGCUAGAGAUGGUAGUUAAUGUUACUCCGGAGAUUUUCCUAGACACUUCAGAAUCUUCCUCAGACCUUCUACUCGGACGUGUGUUCCAGGUGCUUUGUCAAAUUUUAAACCGAGUAACGACUAGAGAUGGGAUGUUUGACAAUGUGGUAUCGAUGUAUAUUCAAGGUCUGGAGAGUGUGUCCCAUUUCCCCAUACUGGCAGCCACUAUAGGAAUAUUGGAUCAGUUACUACUCAAGUCGGGCAAGGAAAAUAAGAUGCAUGCCACAAAGAGCCUGCUGUUAGAUGCAGGUUUCCAGAUGUCUGCCCUCGAGUUUUUGUUAGGGUCUCCUGACCAGCCUCCACCAACUGAUAGCGCGGCUGACAAACACAAGUUUUUCUCACUUCAGAAAUAUGAGGAGGUGAGUGAGGAGGAGAUGGAUACUGUACGAGAUUUCCUGGCUCAUAUCAAACAUCACCAUGCCACCAUCUCCAGUACAGAGGAGGUGAUUAAGGAGGAAGAACUCUGUACUAUAUGCUAUGCCUUUCCACUAUCUGCCAAGUUUUCACCAUGUGGACAUUUGUCAUGCAGGAACUGUAUCAGCUAUCAGAUGAUGAGGAAAAAGGAGUGCUUCUUCUGUAAGGUGGUCAUCACAGAGGUUUGUGACAUGGACGGAAAGGUCAUCAUACAUAACACAUCUGCUGGGAGCAAUCACUGACCGCUCUGGAUAAGUUCGGGAGUUGAAUGUCAGCAUGUGGCCCAAGGGAAUGACUACUCCAAAUGUUUGUGAUAUGGAGCUGGUGAUGUUCAUUGAAAAGAAAUGGCUAGAGGGACUGACCACUCUAAAAGUAUGUGAUAUGGAGUUGCAAAUGACUGGAAGGACUAAUAACUGAAGACUCCAAAUAUUUUUUAUACAGGGGUGAUGGUCAUUGUGUCAGUAUAUGGAAUCAAACUCCAGCUAUUUGUGACAUGGAAGUGAUUUUUAGUGAAUGCAGCACUGGCCUGGAAAUAUUUACUGUCCAGUCUCAACAUCGAGACCAUGGUUCACAUUGCAGCUAGACUUUCACCAAGUGUGUGGUUGAGAAGGAUCAGUGCUCAAGUUAUAGCAUCAAGGCCAUGCUUAACAGCGCAGCCAAAAAUGUACCCUCCUAGAGUGUAUGUCUGGCUAAUACGGUCGAGUCCCAAGGUUUACAAGGCUGUGAUAACAGUGCAGCCAGAAAUGUAUCCUCCUAGAGUGUAUGUCUGGCUAAUACGGUCGAGUCCCAAGGUUUACAAGGCUGUGAUAACAGUGCAGCCAGACCUGUAGACAUCAUUUGUGUGUGUGAGGCUAAAGAAGUCCUCAUUAAGCACAAAACUACAAGCAUUAUCCUGUUUACUAAUAGGUUAUGAAUAUAAUACCAUUUAUACACAGGCUGUCAUAAAGUAUAUAUUACAGGUCACUUUUCUAUUGUUAUUCUAUUGCUAUUGGAGAAUUUUAGUUAAAAAUUAUAUCCAUUGUUUAUGAACUUCAAAUGUAGCAUAUCGGAAUUAUUUUUUAUUAACUUUCCUUAUGACUUUACAUAAAUAUAUCCAAUAAUUGUAAAAUUAGUGAUAUCUAAAAUCACCAACAAAGAAAUGAUUUUAUCAGCAGGUUGUUUAUGCCGUUUGUUUACAAUUGAUGGAGGUAUUGUUGUCAGAGAUUUUAGUUUUAGAAAAUCCAAAUAUGUAUAGAAAACUUUGAAUUAAGAAAAUACCCACAGAACAAUUCCACAAAACUGUCUUUGACACGUAAUAAGCCAAAUGAUAAAAUUUUAUGGUAUUGAAAACAUGAAAUUAAUGUUCAAGAUAGACUUAUUCCAGGACUAAGCAAUAGCAUUGAAAUGGAGAUUUCCUGAACUGUGUUAUUAUUGGAUGGACUUUUUACCAGGCAUGGUCUAAUUGCUGGAUAAAUACGGCACAUAUACACAGUGUACACUGCCAAAUAGCAGUGUUUGAUGCAUUGCCAUGACUGAUGUAUUACCAUGUGGGGAGAUGAGGAAUUUGUUCCAUUAAUAGUAAAUGAACUCACAUCAUUUUCAGCCAAACUGUCAUUGUACUAUGUCUCUUGAUGGUGGUGAAUUAGACCUAUGCUGCAUAGAUAUUUUAGCUUGGUGGAAUGAAGUCUGGAAAGCUAUUUCUAUACAAGGUGAUUGCUUUGUCUGUAGACAGCUAGAUUUUUAUAAAACAAUGUUGUGUCAAUACUAAUAAGGAUACAGCUUAGGUUUUUUAAAUGUGAUCUUUGUGACAAUACCUUUCCAUUGGUACUAUAUUUGAAGAACUGCUAACCUUGACCUUUUACUAACUUUUAAAAACCGUUGACCUUGGCCACUGUAUGUUAACCAUAUGAGAUAUAUAUAGGGCUUUCAUAUUUGACAAAUGUGUUCCUUGUGACAAUAACUUUCAUUUGGUACUGCAUUUACAGACCUGCUGACCUUGACUGUGACCUUUGACCUGGUUUCAAAAAACUGCUGAUUCGAAUUUCAAAUGAACAAUACCUUACCAGUUCACCAAUAAUGCUUUAUCACAUACACAAAAUACCUCCCCCCCUCCAAAACAUAACCCUCUGUACAAAAUCUACUUCCAGACAUUUCUCUAGUUGUUUGAUAUCUUAGGAUUGAACAAAAUAAUAAAUUGGUCUAUCGAUGUAUAGAUCGAAAAUCGAAGUGAACUCUGAAUAAAAUGCAAAGUGGUUUGCAUAAAGACUGCACUUCAGUUUUCAGUCUAAUAGUCUAUACAUGCAUGUACAUUGAUAGACCUAUUUAUUACAUGUAUCUUGUUCAAUCCUUAUAAUUCAUUGUUAAAAUUCAAAAGAAAGGAAUCUUUAACCAAAUGAUAUUUGAAUAAUAGCAAAAGUUUGUUUUAUUUCUUUUUUAGUGCAAUGAUUUUGACUUCCACUAACGCAGACUGUGUUUCAAAUUUUCUGUGCAUCAUGCCAAAAAGUAGCUCAUUUCAAUCAAAUCCAAGUAUGCUGUUCGCAUAUUCCACGGAAAAUAUUAUCCCUGGGAAUGAUAAUGGUCAGCAACUAGUGUAUUCAUUUAGAAAAAAGUGGCCGGGAUGGCCAGUGGUUAAUAUAAGGUGACCGGACACUUUAUCACUAGCCCUCCAUCUUUCAAGUUUGGAACCCACGUGGGGCAGUUGCCUGUUACUGACCGUAGGCCGGUGGUUUUUCUUUAGGUACUCCGGUUUUCAUCCACCUCCUUAAAUGACCAUGGCUGUUAAUAGGAUGUUAAACAAAAUAUAAAAAAGCCAAAACAAAUGAUAAAAAAAAAAAAAAAUCAAUUAUCUUUGCGAAAAGACUAAUCAUGUGUAUAUGAUGUCAUCAGAACAUGCACUUCAAACUGAAUUAAAAAAAAGGUUUUACAACCCAACUUGAAUCAUUAUUGAUGAACACCUCAGAUAUCUGUCACAAUCUCAAUUGUCCUCAUGUUGUUGCUAAUGCUGUAGUUGAUGGGUAACCAGCUGUGAUAUUUUUGUUACCAUUGUUCCGUUAGAUUUAUCACACAGUCUGAUAAUGAUAGAAGGAAUGUUGGCAUUAAUGAAUGCAGGAUUGAAAACUUUGUUAUGUAUUGUGAAUAAUAAAUAGUCUGAAAAACACCUGAA